GCUUCUGAAUUAACAACAAAGGAAAUUCCUUCCUUCUUGUCAAUAUUGUCUAAAGGGGGCAGAAAAUAUAGAAAUUUGGUGGAGCUUUGUGAGAUCUACAUCUCUCUUCAUUCCUUCAAGGCUAUUUGAUCUUUUUUUUUUCCCUCUCAAGAUGUCAAUUAGACCACAUCAUGAGGCAGUUCCAGCAGAAUUGGAAAUGCAGAAGGAUCCAGUCAUGAGUUGGGUGCUUAAACCAAGAGCACUUAACAUCGUUUGGGGAAAUGACCCUCGCUAUUGGAAGAUGCCUGUCGGGAAGGAAGAUCCAGCAGAGUUACUGCAGGUGUGUUGGCUUGAAGUAACAGGCUCAAUCAACGAUCCACAGAUGGUGAAAGGGAAGACCUAUGAGAUAAGCUUUGAGGUAGAGAUGAAAGAAGAUGCUUUUGGGUGGAAUGGGAGUUCAGUUUUUAUGUUGGCAAAGGCUGGAAAGAGAGGAACAUACAAAGGGCAAAAGAUUACCUUAUCAGACAAUAAGGAUGGCAACAGAAAAAGAAUUACGAUUGACAAGCGUUUUGAAGUUCAAAAUGAUAAUCAUGACAACACUCUUUAUUUCGGCUUAUACGAAGUGUGGUCUGGCAGAUGGAAGGGAGGUUUGCUAAUUUAUCAGGCUAAAGUUAGCCAGACAAGUUCAAACCACAAUUAAAAUCUUGUAUAUUUCCCUAUGCUAUAAUUGUAAUGGAAUAAUUUGGCCAGGUGGAAAUUGUAUUUCACCAAAAAAGGAUGCAAAUCUUAUCAAUAAUGUACUUGGUGAUGCUUUAAUUUGUAAUGAUUUAACGCUUGAGAGCAUUAUUUUGGUUGA